CUGAGAGGCGCUGCCGCUCGGACCGGCGCGGUUAUAUUUCACACUAUGUGCUGACUGUAUUUACAGAAGAUAUUUAAAAAACAAACAAACUUUUUUUUGAAAGAUUUUGAUUCCAGUGGAAUCUGUGCUUUAGAUUUUUGUGUUGUGAAUUACAAUUCCUUAAGCAAUGCCUGUACAGGCUCCACAAUGGACGGAUUUCCUCUCCUGCCCAAUUUGCACUCAGACGUUCGACGAAACCAUCCGAAAGCCCAUCAGCCUCGGCUGUGGCCACACUGUCUGCAAGAUGUGCCUGAACAAGCUUCACCGCAAGGCCUGCCCCUUCGACCAGACCACUAUUAACACCGACAUAGAGCUCCUGCCUGUGAACUCGGCCUUGUUGCAGUUAGUGGGUGCUCAGGUCCCUGAGCAGCAGCCCAUUACUUUGUGUAGUGGGGUAGAAGAUACAAAACAUUAUGAGGAAGCGAAGAAAUGUGUAGAGGAAUUAGCAUUGUAUUUGAAACCACUCAGCAGUGCGAGAGGAGUAGGUCUGAACAGCACCACUCAGAGUGUUCUGAGCCGCCCGAUGCAGAGAAAAUUGGUGACGUUAGUCCACUGCCAGCUAGUGGAAGAAGAAGGUCGGAUUCGUGCCAUGAGGGCAGCUCGAUCUUUAGGUGAACGGACUGUAACGGAACUAAUCCUCCAGCACCAGAAUCCUCAACAACUUUCUUCAAAUCUUUGGGCAGCAGUCAGGGCCAGGGGCUGCCAGUUCCUUGGGCCAGCAAUGCAGGAGGAAGCCCUGAAGCUGGUCCUGCUGGCCUUAGAAGAUGGAUCUGCUUUGUCUCGGAAAGUCUUGGUUCUAUUUGUGGUGCAAAGAUUGGAGCCACGAUUUCCUCAGGCCUCAAAAACCAGCAUUGGACAUGUUGUUCAGCUAUUGUACAGAGCCUCCUGUUUCAAGGUGACAAAACGUGAUGAGGAUUCCUCCUUAAUGCAAUUGAAGGAGGAGUUUAGGACAUAUGAAGCUCUUCGUCGGGAACAUGACUCCCAGAUAGUUCAGAUUGCAAUGGAGGCAGGCUUGCGCAUUGCCCCAGACCAAUGGUCUUCUCUUCUUUAUGGAGACCAAUCACACAAAUCUCACAUGCAGUCCAUUAUUGACAAGUUGCAGACCCCAGCCUCAUUUGCACAGAGCGUUCAGGAACUCACAAUUGCUCUUCAGAGGACUGGUGACCCUGCAAACUUGAACCGCCUGCGACCCCAUCUGGAACUUUUAGCUAAUAUUGACCCUAGUCCAGAUGCCCCUCCUCCAUCCUGGGAACAGCUAGAAAAUGGGUUGGUCGCUGUGCGCACAGUGGUACAUGGACUGGUUGAUUAUAUUCAAAAUCACAGUAAGAAAGGAACAGACCAGCAACAGCCUCCUCAGCACAGCAAGUAUAAAACUUACAUGUGCCGAGACAUGAAACAGAGAGGAGGGUGCCCCCGGGGAGCUAGCUGCACGUUUGCACACUCACAGGAUGAAUUGGAAAAAUUUCGUAAAAUGAACAAACGUCUGGUUCCCAGAAGACCCCUGAGUGCCUCCUUAGGCCAGCUCAAUGAGGUGGGCCUACCCUCAGCAGCUAUCCUUUCAGAAGAAGGGACAGUGGACCUGCCAAGCAGAAAACCUACUGCCCUGCCGAAUGGAAUUGUGUCAGCAGGGAACACAGUGACACAGCUGAUCCCCCGAGGGACAGACUCCAGCUACGACUCUGGUCUGAAGCCAGGAAAGAUUGACCACCUGAGCAGCAGCGCUCCUGGAUCCCCUCCUGACCUACUGGAACCUGGACCCAAGAACAUUUCUGCCUUACCUGUGACUCCCCACCCUGUACCCCCUAGGGGACCGACAGACCUGCCUUCCAUGCCGGUUACCAAACCUCUUCCCAUGGUACCACGAGGUUCCCAGCUAUACUCAGCACAGCAAGCAGAUGUAUUUUAUCAGGAUCCUCGAGGAGCUGCUCCACCUUUUGAGCCAGCACCUUAUCCCCCAGGGAUGUAUUAUACUCCAACCCCGCAAUGUGUCUCCCGCUUUGUCCGACCGCCACCAUCUGCUCCUGAACCUGGUCCUCCAUACUUGGAUCAUUACCCACCCUACCUCCAGGAUCGUGUAGUAAACUCCCAAUAUGGGACUCAGCCACAACAGUACCCACCGAUGUACCCACCACAUUAUGAUGGCCGUCGUGUGUACCCUCCUCAGUCUUAUGCGCGAGAGGAGAUUUUCCAGGAAAGCCCUGUAGCCAUUGAGAUUCCACCGGCAGCUGUUUCACCUUAUGUACCAGAGUCCAGAGAGAGAUACCAGCAAAUAGAGAGUUAUUAUCCAGUGGGUCCACAUCCAAGUCAGAUAAGACCUCCAUAUAUCAGAGAGCCUUACAGCAGACUACCGCCUCCCGCACAGGCCCACCCUAGUCUAGAUGAGCUACAUCGACGACGGAAGGAAAUCAUGGCCCAACUAGAAGAGAGAAAAGUGAUCUCGCCACCUCCUUUUGCACCUUCACCAACCUUGCCCCACUCCUUCCAUCCAGAGGAAUAUUUGGAUGAUGACCUGAAAGUCGCUGGAAAAUACAAAGGGAAUGAUUACAGCCAGUACUCCCCUUGGUCAUGUGACACCAUCAGCUCCUACAUCGGGACCAAAGAUGCAAAACCCAAAGAUGCUGUUGCAGCUGGCAAUGUGGAGAUAACGAAUGCAGAAAGUAAAAGUGUGAGAGACCAGCGGCUAGAGCUUCAGCGAAGGGUAGCAGAAACCAGUGAUGAUGACCUCAUCCCGUUUGGUGAUCGGCCCACAGUGUCCCGGUUUGGCGCCAUAUCUCGAACUUCCAAGACCAUGUAUCAGGGUUCUGGCCCAAUGCAGGCUCUAGCACCUCAGGGGACUUCCACCAAAUCAAUCAGCAUGUCUGAUUAUAGUCCAUAUGGAACUCAUGGUGGCUGGGGAAGUUCUCCAUAUUCCCCUCACCAAACUAUGCCUUCUCAGGGACACUUCACUGAAAGGGAAAGAUUGUCCAUGUCAGAAGUGGCCAGUCAUGGGAAGCCUAUGCCCUCUGCUGAGAGAGAACAGCUGAGACUAGAGCUGCAGCAGUUGAACCACCAGAUUAACCAGCACACCCAGCUUCGAGGACUCGAGGCUGUUAGUAACAGGCUGCUGUUGCAGAGGGAGACGAACACUCUGGCAGGCCAGCCUCCUCCCCAACCUCCACCACCACCGCCCAAGUGGCCCGGAAUGGUCUCAAGUGAACAGUUGAGUUUGGAGCUACACCAGGUGGAGCGGGAAAUCGGGAAGAGAACUCGGGAGCUGAGCAUGGAGAACCAAUCUUCUCUGGAUAUGAAAAACAAAUUGGGUCCCAGUAAGCAAGCAGAAAAUGGACAAGCAGAACCGCAGAACAAGGUUCCAGCUGAGGACCUUGCAUUGACAUUCAGCAGUGAGGUGCCGAACGGAUCGACGUUAUCCCAAGAGAACAUCAGCCUCCUGUCAAACAAGACCUCCUCUCUGAGCCUGGCUGAGGAUCCGGAAGGAGGAGGAGAUAACAAUGACUCUCAGAGGGCGGGAGUCACGUCCAGCUCUGCUCCCUAAAAUGGGAGGAGAGCUGCUUGCUUCUUCCCUCAUUCAGUCUGUGGAGGAGAAGGGCAGGAGUGGUGUUCAUAACUUCCAGACCUUCUGCUCUGAGGGUGACCAGAGAAACCCAGGAACAGCAGCAGGUUCGGAGACAAUGUGCACAAACACCACUACUGAAAACAAAACCUGCACAUAGUUCACAUUAAUGCGUUUUUUAAUUAAAAAAAAAUGAAAAUAAGCAGUAUCUGCAAGCAAUUCAGAUUAAAUUUGUUUUUGUUCUGUGAAUGAACUUUAUUUUAAUAACUUUGGACGCCUUGGAUCCAGGGCUUUAAAAAAAAGAAGAAGAAGAUAUUAUAUAUAUACUCUGUUUGAUUAAUUGUAUGAUCUUAAUGAAGUAGGUUUUUCUUUUAUUUUGGUAUUAUUACAUACCCAGUGUAUACUUCUUACCCACAUACUUCCUUAACUUGCCUCUCUCUUCCCUCUCUUCCCCUACUGCCCCCCACUUCCCCAGACAAAAAAGCACCUGGCCUUCUUGUGUGAAUUUUAAGGUGCUUCAGAGGCAAAAAAUUGAUUACUGACUAUAAUGUCAGAAAAUGUGCAGUAAAAUUCCUUUUUACAAAGUGUGUCGUUUUUGUUUUUAAUGGCCAUCAUUAAUACCUUUUUUCCUUUGCUAAACAUCAUCUUCCCUUUUUGUAUCUGUAUUUCAUGCCAUUCAUGUAAGCAAGUCUUAGGGGUUUUUUUACCCCUAGAAGUGAUCUAUCGUUAACAGAUUGAAUAGCCUUAUCAUUGUUAUUACCAAUACCAACUUUCUCCUUGAUGUAAUUAGAAUACUGAUUCACCUUCUAAAACGCUUAGCCCGGGUUAUCAUGAAAGCCAGUUGUAGCUUAGCACUGAAAGCACAGGAUAUGCUGACUUUCUUCAUUUAACCAGGUUAGAGAGUCUUGUUGUAAAUGUUGAGGUAGUACUUGGAAAUUUGAAGCUCUGUUGUCGGCUUCUGAACUCCAGUUGAAAUCACAGCUCCUAUUCAGGAGCUAGUACACCUUAUGUGAUAGAGUGUAUCACUUGACUUAACUGAAAAUGAAUUCGACAUCUAGUUCCCUUUUACAUGUCUUAGCUGUUGGGCUUGUUAAAUCAUUUUCUCUUUGUGUCCUGAGAACAUAGCACUGGAGACACUGAAAGCUCUUUAUUUUCAGGAAGGAUGAAAGAAGGCAAACUGUCUGGCAUUUGACAACAGUCUGAAUGGCUGACCGUCUGUUUGUCUUCAGAACAGUUAGCAGAAGUAGGUAGUUAAUACCUGAAAAUCAGUUUUAGUGGACCUUCACUGACCAUAAUUUUAAAAAAUUACUUUUCACUAAGCCCUUGAAAGGAAUGAAGAAUUUCCCUUGCCAGCCACUUAAAAAAUCCAUUUAAUUGUUGCUGCACAUAUUCUGAUAUUUCUUAUCUACCCUCUGCCAAAAGCCUCUAAAUCUGAUGUUCAGUGGGGAUAAAUUGAUGUAAGUCACCCUUACUUCCUGCCUAUUACCCUCUCUUUGCCUGAUUGUUUUGUUUCCUUUUCUGUAUUAGACUACUAAAUCAGAAAGCACUGGUUAUGUAAUAAGUUACUGCAUUGCUUUGGUUGGGUAAAAGCAAGAGUUAAUAUUUUUCUUGUUUAUUUUUUUUUUUCUUAACCCUUAACUCCUGCUAAGGUCAUAGCAACCUUGGGCUAAGCUUUUUGUCCAUCAUACUGUUAAUUAAGGGGGGGGGUGGGGGGGAAGGUGAUACAGUCCUGCCAUUGCCUACCAGUAGGAGAGUCCAAACAGAACACUCUUUUGAGUAGCAAUUAUUUAAUUUGCCCAGUCAAGGCACCGCAUUUAUAUACUAUUUCACAUUGAAUUUGAUUAUGCCCUACAGACCUGGCUGGUCAAGGAUUUGAUAUACACAUAUUGGCUUGGGAUUCGAGCUUUCUUUUUUAUUUAAAUAAAAAUUUAUAUAUAUAUUAUAUAUAUAUACACAUAUACAUAGUUAUAUCUGUAUAUAUAUUAAGUACGUUUUAAGGAUUUUUUCGCAUGAGCGCAGCUGUUGCGAUCAAAUGUCCGAUUGGGAGGUAGAAGCACUGAACUUGAACAAAAACGAGACCUUUUUUUCAUUUUUCUUUUUUGCUCACUUAAAUUCUGAUUUUCUGACCUUUUCAACUUUGACUUCAGAGUAGUUAAGCCCCUAAAAGUUGAUUCUUCUUUUAAUACCUAUUUUCCAUGGGGAGAAGGAAGAAAAGCUUCUAUAUCCCUGAUGGAUUCUCAAGGUUUCUGCAAUUCAUUUUUCUGUACAACCAAAAUGCAAUGUGUAGAUCUUUCAUCAGAGAAUGAUUUGGACAAAUCCCUUUUUUCAUUUGGACGUGUUAGAUAAUUCCUUCAUUAGAGAGGCAAGUUGAUUAAUUUUAGAAGUCAUGGUGCGUUCUGAUGAUGGAAGCAGCUCUGUAGAAGUUUUAGGGACCUUGAUUGUAUAGCAGCACAAAACAAAGGCAGAGAUCCAUAUGGAAGUUUCCUUGAGGGAAAAAGUAGUGAGUUCUCCUGCUAGCGCAGUGCUCACUAGCUUAUUUUUAUCUUUUCCUUGGGAGACAUUUUUUAAAAAAUUUUUUAGUAAUACAAAAGCUUUUUCCAACUAGGUUGAAUUUACACUGUACAUCUAUGUGGGUAAACCAAAAAAUUCUGUUGUUUGAACUUGAAUUUGUAGCCACCUUGUUUUAUUUUUAAAUAUGUAAUUUUGAAAAAAAUAAUCUCUGAGUUAUUGCAUGUAUUUACUGCUUCUGAUUCCCUAUUUCCAUAUUUCAGAAAAAACUUUGGGUAGGUACAUGAUAAUUAAAACUAUACUCAUAACUUGUUUACUCCAUAUAUAUCUACUUUUUCUCUGUAUACAGCAGCAAAAGAAAGUCCAAAAUAUUGUGUAUGGUGUUCUCUUAUCCCUCCCAAUUGUAUUCAUGCUGCACUUUGUACAGUGUCCUUGUUGCGAUUAACUUGGCCAGGUGAAUGUCCUGUUUGGAUAUAAUCUAUUGGCUCUUAAACUAGUUUUUGUUAAUAUCUGCAAAAGGCAUUGAUUUUUUUUUCCUCAUUUAUUUGUUGGGUUAGUUUUAAAUUUCUGGAUGUCUUUUCUCUAUUUCCUUGGAGGAAGUUAGCAAGUGAAACCAGUCAGGUUAGAAAUAUAGUUUAUAAACUUUACACUUUUUUAGAAAAUUUAAAUUCUUCUGAAUACUACUUUAUAGUCUCUUCCCAUGAUUGAGUUUCCUGGGAAGUGUGAGAAACUCUGUAAAUAUGAUUAUACCUCCACUGUAAGAACUGUUGGUUGAUACCAUAGUUCCUUAGAAAAAUGAUUUUUUUCUGAAUAUUGUUUCUUCAGGAUAUAAAAAACAUUUAUUUCCUGUUUGUUUAUGCAGUCAGGUUAAUGGGAAGUUGGCUUACUGAUGUGUACCAGGAAAGUAAAAUUUAAGGCAUGACCUAAAACAUGGCUUUUUUGCCCCACAGUUUUAGUAAAAGCUAUAGAGGCUUGAUUAAAGGUGAGUGGAUUAAGGGCAAGACUUUACAAGCAUUGCUCUGUGAUAAUUAAUUCUCUUUUUUCAGCUAGCAGAGUAAGGGUUUUAUUGUGGUAGGCGAUGUUAAACUAAGAAUGCUCCUUCAGGGUUUUUCACAGGUUAUCUGGAAGAUGAUUUUUAGAUCUGAUUGCCCUUCUUAAAUAUGCAAUUUACUUUACCUUAAUAUUUUUAAAGUAAAUUCAUCACUUAAGUCUGUAGAUUUCCUUCCUUAUGUGCCUUUGAAGAGAAUGAAAUGACUGAGGGUUCAUUCCUUGUGACCUUCCUGGUUAAGGGGAGAGCUUGUCCUACGAAAGCCCAUACUUAGAGAAAUGUUUGACAGGGAAACAACCCUGCCUCCAAGGCCAGUCCCAGAGAAUCAGCCGGAGAGUAGGGAAACACAGAUGUAUUUGACCUAGUAAGUACUGUGGGGGUGAUUCCUCUUCCUCACCUUAUCCAUCCCCUAUUCCUUACUUGUUCUUUUCCACACUUUCUCAUUUCAUUUAUUUCCCAGAAGACAGGAAUUGUGUAUGAUUCUCACUUGCCACUUUAUUAUUUAUUUAAUGCAUUACAGAAUACAUUACACAUUACAGAAUAGGAAUUCUAAAAACAUCUCAAAUUUUGCAGCACUGUGUUUAGAUUUAACCCAAAAAAUAGUUCCUCAGCUGCCUGGUUUCUUUUGUCAAUAUUCCAUUCUGCUUAUCCCCUUUGGCUCACCCACCACCCUCCCCAAUCGUACAACAGUGACAGCUUGCUGCCUCAAAACAGAGCAUUCAAAUGAAUUCGCUUAGCCAAUAACUUCUGUGAAGUUGCCUUUUCUAAUGGUGUUAUUACUCAGUGAUGCACAAAUGUGGUAUUGCCCUACUGGUAGGCAAACAAAGGUCUGAUUAAGAAUGGUAGCCUGCUAUUUUCUUUAAAGGAGAGCCAAAGACUUGUGCUUUACUCUGUUUUGGUUUGGGGGAAUUAGUAGCCUUUUUUGAUUGUAAAACCAUUUAGUGUUCAUGAGGUGAUAGUACUGUGCAGACAGAUGUGUUUAAAGUUAACUGCUAAAGCCUUAUGAAGUGUAAAAAUAGUAAAAAGUCAUUUCUUUAAACUGAUUAAUCUCAUAUCUUUUACAUUAGCAUGUUUUAAGAAACUCAUUGCUUUCGUAUACACGUCUUACAUUUCUUUUUACUCUCCCAGCCUCUUUUAACUUUGUAUAUGAAAGUAAAAGAGGCUAAUAUCAUUGUAAUCAAGUCAUGAGACUGCGACAAAUUAAUUAUUGAACAAAUUACUGAUUAGAAAUGGUGGUAAGAGACAUCCAGCCUAGUAAGCAAGGUAUGUGUGUGUUGCCUUUGGGAGUUUUUUUUAACAAGAACAAGUGGAGUUGUUAAUAUGCACAUAGGUCCUUUUUACCAAAGAGGAUGUAGUUAACAUUACUGAUCCCCCACUAGUGAAGGAAGGAUCAUGUAGUUUUUGAAAAUAUAUUCUAAGGAACUUAAGACUAUUUGUUACCUCUCCUCACUUUUUCCUCUUUUUUAGGGAAUCCAUGUGUAAAAUCUUUUAAAGCUCCAUUGAAAAUUUUUUUUAUCGAAAGUAAUAGCACUGUAUCAGUCAUUUAAAUACUCCCAACCUCAACUUCUCCAACCUCUUUAUAUUUUCCAGAAAGUAAUUGCUCAGUCUGUCACUGAGGUUUCUGUUUUGAACUGUUGUCUUAUGAUUGUUUUUCCCAUUGGGAGAAGAAUCCAAGUGGCAGCAGUAUGUGUGGCCUACUUUUUCUUCUCCCCCAACACAUCUGUCCUUAAUGGGUUUGUUGGUGCAGAACUGUCAGACUAAAGAACAAUGUAAGCAGAACAUCUGGGGUAUAAUAAGGUGCCUCUCAUUAUAGCAUUACUUUACAAAUAUAUCCAUUCUUAGUUUACCUUCAUUCAUUUAUUCCUUCCUGCUCUGACAAAAUUAAAUUUCAAUACAGUAAUUUUUGUGUCCUCAGAUAAUCUUGUAUUUAAAAGUAGAAUGGCUCCUGUUUUUGCUUUUUAAAUUCCAGCUUUAUUUGGUUCAGUACAUUCUGCUGAAAAGACUUAAGUUUGUAUUUUUUGGAUGUAUUGGAUUUAACACAAAGUAUUCUUAAAUCAGCUUUUUAGUCACUUCAAAAACAUUUUUAAUGGGAAAUUUGCAUUUUUUUUUAGAAAGCAUAGCUAACUUUGAAUACUUAAACUUUAAUCUUUUAGAUUUUAUGUGAUCACUAAAAAGCAAAGAAAUUAUGCUAUUGGAUCAUUAGGAUCCAUAGUUGGCUAUCACUUGUUAUGGAUGCUAAAUGAUAUAUAAAUGAUACACUUAGCUAUUAAGUUCUUGUUUUAGUGAUAAAGAAUAAGGAAAACAUCACUUAAAAUACCAGGAUUAAGAACUAUUUUCCCAUUAAGACGACUUUUCUGUACUCUACUGAGCAAGGUGGGUAACAGCCCUUUGAAAUCCUGUUACGAAAAGGGACAAGGGAUAUGUGUGUGAGAUACAUGAUUAUAUAUAAUAUUAAGCUAAAAAUUUUUAACAGCUAUUUGGACUUUAGCACAUCUUUAUCUGCCCUUGGAUAUUCAUCCAGAUCAUGAAUUUCUUCCAAACCAAAAGCCUGGUACACCCUUCCCUUUCAUCUUCAACUUCUCCUCUCCCCACUACCCCCAACAAAAAAGAAAGGGAAAAAAUCCCUAGAGAAAUAACAUUUUCUUUGGGCUGGAGGGAGAGGCUAUAUUUUACCAAAAAUAACAGGUGUCCAGAAAUGGACAUGCAUCAAAUGAAAAAGAUAAACCUGUGGAAUAUUUAAUGUUGACUAUAAAAUUUGAUGACUGAGUUCUUAUAUUGAGGUCUCAGUCUGGUUGAGGGGCAGGAAAGGGGAUACUGUUCUCAACAGGCAAAGCUUACAAGUCUUUGGCAUCCAAAACAGAGUGUGCAUUCAGUCAUCUUACAACUGGAAACUGUCCUGUGGCCCUUCCUAACUUUGUAUUUUAAAAAACUAUAGUGAGGCGUGAGUUUGUUACCUGUAGCUAUCAGUAGUACCAUAGGUUGCCUUGAUCCCUCUGCUUUAAUUUGACUGUAAUUCAAAUAGAAUAUGAAACAGCCCCUUAAAAAUUCCUUUGUUUUCUGAUUUAAGUGGUUUUGAAUUUUCAUUUUAACUUGUGCAUGCCACAUAUUUUUCUUUAUGCUACUAAGGAACCUCCCAGGAAAAGGCUACUCUUUUCCAAGAACAUCAUUGCCAACAUUUUUAUGCUGUUUUUCUUCCCUUCUGGUAACUGGAACUUCAUUGAAGUACUCAAAAUUAUUUUUCGUUCAUUUUUUAUUCAUUGAUCCAGAUACGUGGUCAUUUUGCUUUUGGGUAGUUCUGUGGCUUUUUGGGAAGAUAAGAGAUGAAGAAAGAAGGGUUAAGAUGUAGUCAUGGGAUAAAUGUUUUGAAUUCCAAAAGCAACUUUCUAGUUGUGAGGUUCCUUUUAUGGUAUGUGUGGUUUCUUUCCCCUCUUUCCCUUUUAUCUGACUAUGGCUGUUUGGUCUUUAGGCUCAUACCAGUCUCCCGAGACAUUCUGCAGUCAUUAUCACCUUUUUGGGUGGAAUUUAUUUUAUGUUGUGGUUUUUAAAAAAAUAACUUUUUAACAUUGGUGCAUAUAUGCUUGGGUUAGAGCUCGUGUAAUUUACCAAUCGUAUUGAUUGUAUGUGAUUGUGCCCUGCAGAGGUAUAUUUAACAAAACAAAAAUAAAUAGUCUAGGUUAAUAAAGGAGACCAUGAGAUUUGAGUCAGGUUGUAAGUGACUUCACUUAAAUCUAAUCACUUAGAAUUUUGGAUAAGUGAAAAUUCAUAUCUACUGUUCUAAAUCAAUGUUAAAAUAUCUAAUCUUUGUUGUAGUAUGGUUUCUCUCUGCCCCUUUCUUCUGUGCCUCAGCUCCCUACUCUCUUCCUAACAUACCUCUUUUAAAAAGAAAACAAAUUCAUUGAGCCUUACAGCAGUAACUGAUUGAAAUUGCUGAAUUUUCUAAAUGGUGAUUAUAUUUCUUCUUAUGUUUCAAACCCCCCAAAAUUGAAUGUAACUGGCAUUUGUAGGUGAAAUUUGCAAUCUGUGAACCUUUCUUUAACUCCAUUAGGAUUUGGGGAAACUGUGAAAGUGGAUGUAAUAACUAUGUCCUAAAAAGUCCUUUUGGAAUAGGAGAAAGAAAAAUGCUUUUUGAAAGGAAUAACUUUUUUUCUUUUUUAUAUUUUAAUCCAUUUAUGUUUACUUUUUUUUCAAAAGCCUUCCAAACAUUAUAUGAGGUAGAAAGGAAGAAACAGUAGUUAUGGAUGCAAAGGGCAGAAGGCAGCAGCUGACUGGGUCUCAAAAAGUCUCUGUUUCAUUUGUUAGGAGUUUUUCCGGAAGUAUAAAGCCAAUUUUUUCCAAGUUUAUGUUAGGGGGUAAUUGUGUGCAUGUUGUUCAUGUAGAAGAUGCCACUCUUCUUCCUUCUCUCCAUCACCUUUAAAACUGACUCCGCCUCAUGUUGCUCCUGCAUAGUGUUUAAGGCUCCUCUAUGAGUUGCAGAUAAGAGAAUUUGUUUUGAGAAAUGGAAGGGAGGUGAUUCACCUUUUGGUUUGUAAAUAUAUGAAAGUGUCUUCAAGGUCUUAUCUGCUUUCUGUCAGCAUUUAUAUUAAAUGAUAAAUUAAUGAAGAAA